AUGGAUCUCGUUGACAUGAGAACUCGGCCAGAUGCUAGUUCUCAUGGUAAAAUUUAUAAAUGGAUCCUACAACUUAAGGAUCAUUUUACCAAAUUUUGUUGGGCGAGAGCUUUACAAAAUAAAGAAUCACGUGAAGUAUAUCAUUGUGUACGUGAAAUAUUUUUCAUGUUUGGUCCACCACGUAUUCUCCAAAGUGAUAAUGGACGAGAGUUUAGCAAUGAAUUAAUAAAUAGUCUACAAAUAGAUUUUCCAAAUAUGCGUAUUGUUCAUGGAAGACCUCGACACCCUCAAACACAGGGGCUCCUUGAACGUGCUAAUGCUAUUCUAACUGAUGCACUUGGUAAAUAA